CUCUUCUUACUGCUGCCAGCUCUGGGGAUCUCUCACUGCUGACGGAGUGUGUGCGUCGAGGCGUCAGUUUGUUGGUGAGAGACUCAGACGGCUGCUCGGCGUUACAUUUAGCUGCACAGAACGGACACACGGACCUCGUCAGCUACAUUCUGCAGCAAGGCUCUAAAAUCCUUCUGGAUUUAACAGACAGAGAAAGAGGAGACACCGCCUUGCACAAAGCAGCCUCAGAGAAGCAGCACGCAGUGUGUCAACUGCUGGUGGAAGCAGGUGCUUCACUAGAAAAGACCAAUUUCCAGGGGAAGACCCCGGUGGACCAAGCAGUGGGAGACUCUGAGCUCACCUCCUACCUGAGCUCGCAACAACGAGCGCCCCCCUCCGCCUCUAACGAAGACCUGGAGACGGCUGUCUAAGUCACACACAUACACACACACACACACUGGACUCUGGACUCUGCACACACCUGCAGCAGAGCGUUACUGGGACAGAACAAAGCGAAGCUGGGCCUGCAGACGCUGAACCAGCCGCAGAGAUUCUACUGGUCAACUAUUUAUUUGUAUUUAUUUAUUCUAUUUAUUAGUUGUGCUGAUUGAUCGGUUGACUGAGUUUUAAUAGUUGAAAGUGCAAUUUGAAGCUGCUUCAUGAGCUCUCCUGUCCUGUUUGUCUUGUAACAGAUUGGUUUUGAUUCUAUUAUACUCUGCAAGAUGUUUGACACAAACGUUCACGGUUUGAGAUAAAAACAGUAUAUUUAUGUCAGAAAACCUGCGUGCCAAAGACAUUGCACUUUUGCGGUGUCAUAUCUGAUCCCAAAUAUGUCACCGUUUCCACGUUCACGACUCUCCCAGCUCUGUUCCUCAGACAUGUGAUGGCAAAUUUGUUUGUUGCAUUCUGCUGAAUUUACACCYGAGUCAUGGAAUGACUCACAGAAAAACUACUGCAUUUCCCAAGAAAUGUUUUCCUUUUCCUAAACUCCCUGUUUUUCCCUCAAAAUCUCAAAUUUCUAUUUAACUUUUGGUCAAAACUGGCAGAAAACUAAAAACUACCAGAUAAAGUGUAAUUAUUAGCUGCUCAGUUAUGAAUUAAUCCCAAAAAUCCUCACCGAACUCCAGCAACAAGGAGAAAAACAAAUAUAGGGUAAGGGUAUAGAUCAAGUUUAAGUUUGAGCAAAGACACUUCACUUUGUGUCCUGUUUGUCUGGUUUAAAACUCCAGGGCUAAUAUUUAGUGCUGCGUAAAGGACGCAGUCAGAAAAUAAAAUUUUAAUUUAAUUCAGAUUUAAAUGAGCGAUAUUUCUCCCCUUUUUCACAUGUACAAACUCAAGGCUUGAUUGAUUAAAAAAUGCUUUUAAAUGUACAUAUUUUAAAAAAAAAAAUACUUAUUUUUUUUUACCUUUUUUUAAAAAAAAAGGUGAAAUCUUUUAGACGUAAUGUCGGCCAACCAGAGAGCCAGUUUUCACUAUUUUCCUACAUUUUCUUGAACAAAACAAACAAACAAAACAAAACAAAAUAAAAAAAACGUGCAGGGGAGCUGUGUUAUUUGGUGCCUCGAGGAUCUUCUGCGUGUUUUUAGUGUUUUACAACAAACCUGAGUCACAAGAACGAAGAACUCCGAGGAUUCUCCUAAGACCUAAAUCUGGUUGAUUUGACCUAAACAGUGUUGCUAUCUUCUCUUUUUUUUAUCAAAUAAAACGACUGAAAACAGUCCGAUCCCUCACUGGACAUUAAAACCAGUAUUUUUCUGCUCCUCUCCCCCACACACAAUCUGUAAAUACGUGUGGCURCUGGUUCCACUUAUAACAUAUCCAAUCUGAAGAACCUCUGGGAACUCACGUGUGUUUUCAUGCAUCACUCACCGUAUGUGUGUGUUUGUGUCAUUUAUUUCAAAAGGAAACAAUCUGAGCCAUAUUCAACGCAAUAUGAGUGGAUUACAUCCUUUAUUAUUUGCAUUUCUUUAUUAACUGUUUACAUUACAUUAAUGUCUGAAACAUAGUCGACCAUUUAGCACCGAGGAAUAUUGAAUGUGCAACGUUACUUCAGUGCCGGUUGAGUUUAUGAUUGUUUUUUUAAUUUAUUUUUUAUUUUUCUGUAUUUUGCUUUAUUUUGUGUGCAUGUAUGUCGAAGGAACAACUCCGAGGUUUCCUUUGAUAUGAAGUGUUGUAAAGUGAAAUUAUAUUUAGGGUUAUUAUUGUUUUUCAGGUAAAUGCUGGGAUGUUGAGAGAAUUCUGUGCAGCCAUCGUUGACGUCUUGUAAACUGGGAUCAGUUUCUACUUGUAGGGAUGACUCAGAGUAAUGGACGCUUUGAGGAGGGCUUCUGUGUGAAGGUUAUGAGCGGUUAGCAUCUUACCUGUUGUAGAUGGAUAUUCAAAAAACUCAAUUUGGAGAAAAAGCAUUAGACAGUUUUAACAAAAAUCGUAGUAUUUUUGCAGAUUAUGCUAUAGCUGUUACUGAUUGCAAAGAGUCACAAAUUUCCAUUAAAAAAACAAAUCUCAGCUGUGUUUCCGUUUAUAAAAUCGGAUUAGCUGUAAGCUCAUCAGUUCAGUCCGAAUUAAACAUUUCCACAACAAGGCGUUCAAACAGCUACCAACAAGAUAUUAACUGUUCAUGCCUCUAAAUAGAACUCCGCUUCAAAAGAUCUGAACUAUCCCUUUACUAUUAGCCAGUGUUGUUACUAAGUCCUACAUACUGAAACUUUUAAUGAUGAUGAUAAAUAAAAAAAGGAUGAUUUAAAAUAGAUGGAUUUAAAAAAGCAAUUUUUUUACCUUACGAUUUUUUAUUUUUAGUAAAUAUAACAAUUAACUGGAAUCAUUCUUAAAUAAAUAAAAUAAAAGGUUGCAGUAUUUUAUUUUAUUUUAUUUUUUGCGACACAAGACUUCAGCGAUGGCUGCAUCUGUCAAAUAUCCAACACUGAGAGCUUCCCUUUGGAGAAAAUUGACAAAAUGUGUGUAAAAUAAAACUUCUGUGAACGGU